CAAGCCUUCGAAAUUGCAAAAGAACGAAAAUAUCAACUGCAGGAGACAAGGGCAUACCUUGGGUUAGGAAAAGUUUAUAGAUUGAACAAUCAGCUUGAAACGGCAAUUAAAUACUACGAACAAGCCUUGGCAAUUGCAAAAGAACGAAAAGAUCAACUGCAGGAGACAAGGGCAUACCUUGGGUUAAGAGAUGUUUAUAGAUUGAACAAUCAGCUUGAAACGGCAAUUAAAUACUAUGAGCAAGCCUUGGAAAUUGCAAAAGAACGAAAAGAUCAACUGCAGGAGACAACGGCAUACCUUGGGUUAGGAGAUGUUUAUAGAUUGAACAAUCAGCUUGAAACGGCAAUUAAAUACUACGAGCAAGCCUUGGAAAUUGCAAAAGAACGAAAAGAUCAAGAUCAGGAGACAAGGGCAUACCUUGGGUUAGGAUAUAUUUAUAGAUUGAACAAGAAGUUUGAAACGGCAAUUAAAUACUAUGAGCAAGCCUUGGAAAUUGCAAAAGAGCGAAAAGAUCAACUGCAGGAGACAAGGGCAUACCUUGGGUUAGGAGGUGUUUAUAUAUUGAACAAUCAGUUUGAAACGGCAAUUAAAUACUGGGAGCAAGCCUUGGAAAUUGCAAAAGAAAGAAAAGAUCAAGUUGGGGAGACAACGGCAUACCUUGGGUUAGGAUUUGUUUAUAGAUUGAACAAUCAGUUUGAAACGGCAAUUAAAUACUACGAGCAAGCCUUGGAAAUUGCAAAAGAACGAAAAGAUCGACUGCAGGAGACAAGGGCAUACCUUGGGUUAGGACAUGUUUAUAGAUUGAACAAUCAGUUUGAAACGGCAAUUAAAUACUACGAGCAAGCCUUGGAAAUUGCAAAAGAACGAAAAGAUCAAAAUCAGGAGACAACGGCAUACCUUAGGUUAGGAUUGGUUUAUAGAUUGAACAAUCAGCUUGAAACGGCAAUUAAAUACUACGAGCAAGCCUUGGAUAUUGCAAAGGAACUAGAAAAUAAACAAAAAGGAAAUAGGGCGAGGAAUGCAAUUGAAGAAUUGUCACUGAGAAUUGCAG